AUGCUGAUGUCACCAAAGAUUCUCUCGAGUUUCCACAUUUUGACGUUUCCGAAAUUCAACCUAAACGCUGGAGGAACCGCGUACCCACCACAACCAAUUCAAUGUGACUUUGAGAAUAAGAGUUAUGCUCAAGCACUCGCUCGACUAUAUGAUGAACUCGGAUGUGUAUCAAAUAAGACGUGUCCCUCUUUUCCAAAAUUGGAUCAAUUAUCGAGAACACUGCAGAAGCGAUUAAUCGACUACGGACCACUUCCAAAUGCAUUGAAAUUUAAAAGAAGUAUUUAUGACGAUGCUCGGUGGGUACGUGUGGAUGAUUUGUUGAGGAUUGUGAACGUUGAUCGAGUGAUAUUAUAUAGGACUAAUUUAACUUCUGAUGAUGUUAGAGCCUUGCUAACUCAUUGGAUCAAUAGUGAAGCUGAUAUGUUUCAUUCGAUGGAAAUCAUCGCUUAUGAAGAUAUUGAACUAGAUGAGUUAUUUGAUUCACUGGUUGUUUUGAAACAUUUACAUGAUUCCUGUUCCACUAUUUUUACACUGGCAAAAUCUUCCUCACGAGUAUUCCCGGUUUUGGCUAUCACGUAUGCUCUCUCCAUUGUUAUAAUCUCUGCGUGGAAACCAGAUGAAACGUUUAAUGCUGACCUGAGUAAGGAUCAGUACGAACCAACGUAUCAAAUACUUCAAUUGCUGGAAAGGAAGACUACGUUGGAGAGAUCUCUGGAACAACGAAAUAAUGGUGUUGACCAGAUACAAAUGACUGAAGAACUUGCUGAAAUAAUGCAGGAGUUGUGGAGGUUUGGAGUGUUUUUCGAAGGUGGGACAGCCACUAGAGGCUAA